AUGCUGCCAACCUGGCCACUGCCACGGGGCCAGCAAGAGAUCACGCGUCAGCUCCUGAGCGAGGCCAACCAGACCAUCUGCCAGCUCCCCCUGCCAGAUGCUCUCCACAUGGCCCCAGUCCACGAGGAUUGUCUCAUGGUCUGCUGCGCCCGCAAAUUUGGGAUCCCCGCCAUCUCGGUGGUCCUGGGUGCCUCCUACUUCCAGCGACUCCUGCAAAAUCACAUCCCCAUGUUCCAGCUGGCGGUAUCCAAUGGCUACUUCCUCCCAUACACCACGGAGGCCCUGGGUGGGAAGCUGGCGUUGCGCGAGAGGAUGUUCCUGCGCGCCACCAAGAGCGUGCCCACCCUCCUGUCGGUCUACGUGACCUGCGUGUACAUGGCGCUCAAGGUGUCAGAUCGCGUGCAGCACACCGGCAUGCUCUCCGCCAUGCUCACCGACAUGCUGGGGCGGCGCGUGCACUCCUGGCAGCAAAAUCACAUCCCCAUGUUCCAGCUGGCGGUAUCCAAUGGCUACUUCCUCCCAUACACCACGGAGGCCCUGGGUGGGAAGCUGGCGUUGCGCGAGAGGAUGUUCCUGCGCGCCACCAAGAGCGUGCCCACCCUCCUGUCGGUCUACGUGACCUGCGUGUACAUGGCGCUCAAGGUGUCAGAUCGCGUGCAGCACACCGGCAUGCUCUCCGCCAUGCUCACCGACAUGCUGGGGCGGCGCGUGCACUCCUGGCAGGCCGUCCAGCUGGAGGUGGAAUGCCUGGUCGGCCUCGCCUGGAGGCUGGGCCCUUACUUUUCUACCACCACCGCCCGUAUUUAG